AUGACCGCACAAGUCGCAUCCAUGUCCGCCGUCGCGUCGCUAGGAGUCACCGUCAAAUCCGCCUCAACUUCCGCGUUAAGCGAAGGCUCUUCUUAUACCGAGGAUGCCGUUUCCACCCCGAUCACCGGCGGCAUUCCCGAGGGCUGGCCGGUGAACGCUCCCACGGAGCUGCCUUCGCAUUUGGCGGCGGAUGCGGCGGCGGCGGAUCCGGUGGUUCGGUUUACGGUGGCGGAGCAAGUAAAGAAAGGCGAGGACUUUCACAUGGCACUCGCUAACUAUCGGUGUUCGACGGGCACAGCGGCACUGCAGCAGCCAGCCAUGCAUCGCAAGAAGGAGGUGCUGGGGUUCAUGUUCGACGGGCACAACGGCACGGCGGCGGCCAUGCACUGCAAGAAGGAGCUGCUGGGGUUCGUAUUCGACGGGCAAAACGGCACAGCCGCCGCCAUGCACUGCAAGAAGGAGCUGCUGGGGUUUGUGUUCGACGGGCACAACGGCACAGCCGCCGCCAUGCACUGCAAGAAGGAGCUGCUGGAGUUCGUGAGCGAGUACCUGCCGGGGGGGGCGUCGUACCGAGAGGACGCGGGGGAGAAGGGCGAGGAGGCCGAGGUCACGAGUCAACUGCGCGACGGGGAAGGCGCGGCUGUGCUGGAAAGUGGCGGCGGAGGCGGGGGAGGGAGGGAUGCGUGGUUGAAGGCACUACCGAUGGCGCUGGCCGAAGGAUUUCUCAAAUGCCACAACACGUUUGCCCUGCGGGGCCAGCCGUCAGGAGCGACAGCAACGCUGGCGAUCGUGUCGGGAUGGACGGUGACAGUGGCAGCAGUGGGGGACCCGCGGUCAGCCGUCAGGAGCAACAACAACAGUGGUGAUCGUGUCGGGAUGCACAGCGACAGUGGCAGCAGUGGAGAAUUUACGUGCUUUACAGACACGCCCCUCCGUCCCCAUCGUCCCACCCUCGUAUUUCCCGUCCUGCCUCCCUCUGUCUUAACACCAGGGGGGCAGCCGGCAGGAGCGACAGCAACGGUGGCGAUAGUGUCUGGAUGGACGGCGACAGUGGCAGCAAUGAGCGGCCAGCCGUCAGGGGCGACAGCAACGGUGGCGAUUGUCUUGGGAUGGACGGUGACAGUGGCAGCAGUGGGGGACUCGCGGGCCAUUCUAGACACCACUGGAGGGGGCGUGACGCCUCUUUCUUUGGACCACCGCUUUGAGGUGUCUGAGGACGAGUGCAACAGAGUGCUCAAAGAGGGUGGCCAACUCGCCAGGCUUCGGACCUUCGAUGGCACGCAGGUGUGUUGUGAGGGUGCUCAGCUGGGUCCUCUCCACAGCUGGCCGGGAGGGCUGAGUGUGUUGCGGUCGAUAGGCGAUGUGGACUGUGGCUGGCCGGGAGGGCUGUGUGUGUCGCGGUCGAUAGGCGAUGUGGACUGUGGAACGUUCAUCACGCCGCUGCCGCAUGUCAAGCAGAUUCAGGUGGGUGAGAGAGGGGUGUGGAGGGGUGUGGAGGGAUGGUUGGGUCCCCCAAGCGGGUGGAAGGGUGGUGAUGGCAUUGGAUGGGCCGUGGGACGCAGUGGACUCAGGCAUAAGUUCAUGUGCGCUCCUCUCUUGCCCCUCUGCCCCUUUCUGUGCCCCUCUGUGCCCCUCUGUCCCACAGGCGGGUGGAAGGGUGGUGAUGGCGUCGGAUGGGCUUUAAGAUGUCGACUCAGACAAGAGCGCAUGUGCGCCCCUCUCUGCCUCUCUGCCUCUCUGCCCCUCUGUGCCCUCCGCACGCCUCCCCCUCCUAUCUUCAGUGGACUCAGACAACUGUGCGUGUGCGCUGUGACCCUCUCUUCCCCUCUCUGCCCCUCACCGCACCCAUUUUUUCACGUGUGCCUUCCUUCCUCCUCUCUUCAGGUCCCCCAGGCGGGAGGCAGGGUGGUGAUGGCGUCUGAUGGGCUGUGGGACGCAGUGGACUCAGACAAGGCCGCCAGGCGAUGCAGAGGGCUGCCCUGCACCGCUGCUGCCCCACUGCUUGUCAAGGUGAGGUUCAGUGCGGUACUGUGCCAUGUUAUGAGGUGCUGCUGGGUGCUGUUUGGUGCUUGGUGCCGUUCAGUGUUCCUCUCUUGGGACGCAGUGGACUCAGACAAGGCCGCCAGGCGAUGCAGAGGGCUGCCCUGCACCGCUGCUGCCCCACUGCUCGUCAAGGAGUCCAUAAAGGCCAAGGGUCUAAGGGACGACAUUACAGUGCUAGUGGAGUCCAUAAAGGCCAAGGGCCUACGGGAUGACAUAACAGUGCUAGUGAUCGACCUGCUCGCCGCCUCUGCUGCCGCUGACCCCUCCGCCUGCCCCGUGCCCAAGGCCCCCAGCUCCAAAUCCUUCUUCUCCAAGUUCAGGCGCAGGAGCUACGCCAGCUAUCUCUCCAAGUCCUCCAAGAAACUAAGCUCUCUACCACCUACCACCCCAACUUUUCAAUAA